AUCCAACGGCUCUUAACAGGGUUUUGUUCAUAUAACUUAUAAUAACAAUGGCGACGGGGACGAAGAAGAAGACGACGAUAGGGAAAAUGAAUACCACCGUGUUUUCGACUAUCGGUUCAGUGAUUUACCAGAGGUUUACCCCUACUUGGGCAAAGUGCUUUACAUCGUCUGAACCCUGGAUCUGGUUGUCUCAGAUUGGUGCUUCAAAACUUGUCAGUUCAACUUCUUGACUUUCUUAUGAGGCCUAAGGAAAGUUUUUGCAAGAAAGUAGUUUUAGAACGUAGAAAAUCCUAAUGCAAAAUCCCAGCCUUUUACAGCACCUUAGUUGCACGAAGUGGGAACGGGAAUGGGAGCGAGGGUAUGUAGAAGAUCCAAAGUUAGGGACACCAAAAGGAGCAUGUCUAUAGGCUUCUGUCUUCGCGUUGCGAGUAUUUGUCAAGUCAUGCCGUCACCUAACGGUUCAGAGCAUGUUCUAAGUUCAUGUGGUGAAGAAAAUUAUGCUAAAGAACAUCUGGAACGAGGACAUUGCAUCGACGAAGCUAAUGUGCAUGAUGACAAUUCUCUUGACAGGAGGAAUGGGAGAAUGAGGUUUUCAGAGUUUCAUGGGUUCCUACGGCUGUUGCCCUUACCAGUGUUCAGCUUCCCUCAAAGAUGCAGCCUAAGGAGCCGGGAUCGCGUCUUUGUAUUACCAAGGAAAUCAAACAAAGCUUGCUAUGGCAGUGGGAGUCGAAGGGAGGUAGCAGCACUGACAAUCAAAUGUCAAGAAGAAAGGACCUCUAGGGUUGCUCCCAAUGGUCGCAGCAAGCGGAGGAGAGUUUCAACAAAUCAGACUGUUAUCAAUAGUGAUGUUUACAUGAACCUGGAGGUUUCUAGCGGUUCUAUGGCUUCUUUCACGGUGUGCUGAGUAUUUGUUUUCAAAUUCGAAUACAGUUUCAGAGUAUGUUCUAAGUUCAUGCUGUAAGGAAUCAUUGCUGUAAAGACUGGCAUUGGUGGAGCUAUUGUGAAGUGAUGGUUUCCAGCUUACCUCAAGCAUAGUGUGCCCAGUUUUUAUCUCAAACACUUGCGAGGAGAACAUUCCAAUCGAGGAAGUUUUCAAGCAGCUAAAAUGUACGAGGGAAGGUAUGUCAUCAGAGAAAAGAGAGAAGCGACUACAAAUCUUUGGCUUUAACAAGCUUGAGGAGAAAAAGGCACAACUUUUUAACUCCUUUGCGUCUUAGACUUCUUUAUUUCUUAUUGAAAUUUUGAGCACUAUACCUUUUUGAUGCUGAACUGUUUGAUGAAAUUCCUAACAGGAGAGUAAGCUUCUCAAGUUCUUGGGUUUUAUGUGGAAUCCUCUGUCAUGGGUCAUGGAGUGUGCUGCCAUUAUGGCUAUUGCUUUGGCAAAUGGAAGGAUACUACACAAUUUCUCUCUCUCUCUCUCUCUCUCUCUCUCUCUCUCUCUCUCUCUCUCUCUCUCUCUCUCUCUCUCUCUCUCUCUCUCUCUCUAAAUGAAGAAUUGAAUUGUAUGGGGCAGGCCUCCGGAUUGGCAAGGCUUGGCAUGGGCACCAACAUGUACCCAUCAUCCUCCCUUCUUGGCAUGGGCACCAACAUUUCAUGUUUAGGAAUACAGAGGAAGGAAUCAUGUUGCUAUGUGGAAAUAGAAAAUGUAACAAUUGUUGUGAAUAGAAAAGUUCAUAUUAGUGCUCUUUUACUACUUUACAGUUUUGCUUGGAUCUCAUUAUUAUCUUCUUCUUUUUCUUAGCUAAAGUUGUUAUUCCUUGCUAUGUUGGAGUUCUUCAAUUAGCUGAUUAGGGUUAACACCA